AAAGAUUUGAACUUAAUGAUUGAUGUUGCUUUGUUCCUCUUUGUUCUGCAGGUCUCUUUCUUUUCAUCACUGUGGAAUCAUCCCUUCUUCACCAUCAGCUGCAUCACUCUCAUAGCUCUCUUCUUUGCUGGGAUACACAAACGAGUUGUGGCACCAUCAAUUAUUGCUGCACGCUGUCGGACAGUUUUAGCAGAAUACAACAUGUCCUGUGACGAUACGGGGAAACUUAUUCUCAAGCCACGGCCGAACAUCCAGUAAUCACAAGCUUGAGUGGGGUGCUCAGACAUCCUGGUACCUGGUCUUUGCCGAUAGCCACAGAUCACUCGGUGUCUGGAGUUGGGUGAUCUCAACAGCACCGAGGGGGAACAGCACCAAGACAGACAUUGUCGUGAUGGGAAUGCAUUUGGAAGAAAGAAGAAAUGAACUGACUGGGCCUUUUAACAGUGUCGCUGUGCUGAUGUCACCAUUGAAGCUGCUGAUCUGCUCACAUAGGCUAAGAUAUUUUACUCAUUCAGUGUGAGUUCAGAUGUGUUUAUUUCUGUUUCUAAUGUUGAGCAUGUAUUUUAUCAGAAUGUUUCUAUUUUUAAAGUUAUUUACCUAAUAAAUACUUCAGGUGAAAAA